AUGUCUUCUAAUUCUAUAAAAAUAUUUGCGGGUAGUUCACAUGUUGAACUUACUAAGCUUGUAGCAAAGCAAAUAGGUAUAGAUUUAUCCAAAGUCGUCGUUUUAAAGUAUUCUAAUCAGGAAACUUCAGUGACGAUUGGAGAAAGUGUACGUGAUGAAGAUGUUUUCAUUAUUCAAUCUGGAUGUGGAGAAAUUAAUGAUAAUUUAAUGGAACUUUUAAUCAUGAUUAACGCAUGUAAAACUGCUUCGGCGCGUAGGAUAACCGCUGUAAUUCCUUGCUUUCCUUAUGCGAGACAAGAUAAAAAGGAUAAAUCAAGAGCUCCAAUUUCUGCUAAAUUAGUUGCCAACAUGAUAACUGUGGCUGGUGCAAAUCACGUUAUUACCAUUGAUUUACAUGCUAGUCAGAUCCAAGGAUUUUUUAAUGUACCUGUAGACAAUUUAUUUUGUGAACCUUCCAUGUUAAAAUAUAUUAAAACUCAUGUUCCCGAGUGGAAAAAUGGAGUCAUCGUUUCUCCUGAUGCUGGUGGUGCAAAGAGAGCUACGUCAAUCGCGGAUCAUUUGAACCUUGAUUUUGCUUUAAUUCAUAAGGAACGCAAGAAGGCAAAUGAAGUGUCACGUAUGGUUUUAGUCGGUGAUGUUAAUAGAAAGGUUGCCAUUGUCGUUGAUGAUAUGGCAGAUACUUGCGGUACAUUAGCGUUGGCUGCUAAAACCCUUAAGGAACGUGGUGCUACUAAAGUAUACGCUAUAGUGGCUCACGGUAUCCUUUCUGGUAAAGCUAUUGAUGUAAUCAAUGGUUCGGAUUUGGAAAAAUUAGUGGUGACAAAUUCUAUACCGCAUGAAGAUAAGAAAGCUAUUUGUUCAAAACUUGAUACUAUUGAUAUAUCUCCUACUUUAGCUGAAGCUAUUCGACGCACUCAUAAUGGUGAAUCAGUUUCAUUUUUAUUUUCUCAUGCACCCGAAUAA